ACUGCAUAAGCAAACCACAAACUGAUCCUUGCAUUUGGCGCAGACUUGUGUUUUAGCCAUGGCAUGUCAUCAUCGCCUUCAAUUCUUUGUUUUACCACUUCUGCUGGUCACUUUGUUUACAAUGAACAGCAGCAGCUUCUUAGUUGCGGCUCGUCAUCUUCUAGAGACAACUGUGCCAGGGAUUCCUACAUUGCCUAAGGUUGAGCUGCCACCAUUGCCUGAAAUUCCAACUUUGCCAAAGCCUGAAGUGCCAGAGAUACCUAAGCCUCAAGUCCCUAAGUUGCCAGAGAUACCUAAACCUCAAGUCCCUAAGUUGCCAGAGAUCCCAAAACCUCAAGUUCCUGAGUUGCCAAAGCCUGAACUACCCAAGUUGCCUGAGCUGCCAAAGCCUGAAUUGCCUACGUUUCCUGAGCUUCCAAAGCUUGAAGUUGCAAAGACUGAAGUGCCUAAAUUGCCAGAGAUACCAAAACCUCAAGUUCCCGAAUUGCCAAGGCCCAAACUACCUAAGUUGCCUGAGCUACCAAAACCUGAAUUACCUAAGCUGCCUGAGUUGCCAAAACCUGAAAUACCACAAGUGCCAGAGUUGCCAAAGCCUGAAGUGCCCAAAUUGCCUGAGUUGCCAAAACCUGAAGUUCCCAAAUUGCCUGAGCUGCCUAAACCUACUACUCCUUGAACCUUGAAAACCGCCUUCUGUUAGUUGUUGUUCAAUUUCCAUAUGGUGCUGUUACCACUUACAACUCAUUUUGUACUCUUAUCUGGAGUGUGUUUCAUACUUUCGUUAUUGUAUGUUUGCAUUAAUUUAAUGAACCUCCAUGCCGAGAGGUAGAUUUAUUUUAUUUGUAUUAUUUGAGUGGAUCCAUUUAUCAGGAAAUUUGUUUUAAUAUCCAUAGAUAUAUUAUUUAGAGACUUCACUUCCCUCUGUUCUCUGAGGUUUGAGUCCCCCAAAUAUCAAAGAAUAAAGAGCGCAAUUCUGU